GUGGAGGAAAAAACUGGUGGCUGCCCGGGACAAGCCAGCCUUGGAGGACUGGGGUGGACGCGUUUCUCCCAACCCAGCUGAUUUUUAUGAUAAAAAUCAAGGGGGAACUUAACAGAGAAGAAUGUCAGAUGUGGAAGAAAACCCACUAGAUGAGACAGAAGAAUCUGGAGACGCAGAAAUGGAGGAAGAGGAGGAGGGGGAGGACGAGAAAGAAUAUAACCCAACUACUGAAGAGGUCGAAGACAUGGAGCAAGAGUCAGAACAAGAUGACUCUUCAGCAUGGUUAGAGUUUCUGGCAGAGGAGGAGGAGGGAAAGGAGGGAAAAGCAGAAGAGGUCGGAGAGGAGGAGGAGAAAGAAGGAGGCGUAGGGGAGGAAGAAGAGAGAAUGGAGGAGGAGGGAAAAGGGGAAGUCGAGGAGGAGGAAUGGGAAAAGUAUAUAAAGGAGGCAGAUGAGAAAGAGGAAGAGGAGAGAGAGAGACUCAUCAGGGAAAUGGAGGAAGAGGCAGGUGCAGCACAGGAGGCUGCGGCUGCAGGAGCACAGGAGGAAGCCGCAUGGAGGCCACCGGAAGUCACCGCAGCUGCGGCCAGUGUGGAGGCGCUUUCCCAGUUUAAGUCCCAGUCAGAAAUUUUCUCAGUAAGUAGUCCUUGCCAUUUUCCCCUUAGAAGGCAAUCUUCAGAUGAACUUGGAGACAGAAGUGACCUGAUGCCCCUAGAAAAGCCAGGACAGGAAAAGAGAGGCUUGGGGCCUGAAAGAGGAGAAAACAUUGCAGAAAGAGUGAAGAAGCUCUCGACAAAAAGAAUGCCAAAGAGCUCACUGGUGUCCACCGCCAACGAGGACGCUCUGUUUCACAAAGAUGACAGUGGCACAGUGUACCCCUUGAACAUGACUUGGUCAUUUGGAUGGAACAGCUCCCUCCCUGUUUUCUACAUUCGAGACAACACCCAGAGAGUUCUUCUGUACAUCUGCGCCCACACUGUGGUCAUCUAUGACGUUUUCAGUAACAGUCAGCACCACCUUCAGGGCCAUCCUAAUGUCAUCUCCUGCGUCUGUAUCAGCGAGGACAGGCGGUGGGUCGCCACGGCUGACAGGGGGCCCGAAUGCCUUAUCAUUAUAUGGGACUCCUUCACAGGCAUUCCUGUGCACACCAUAUUUGACAGUUGCCCAGAAGGGAAUGGUAUCAGAGCCGUAGCCAUGACCUGUGACGCCAAGUACCUGGCAACCAUCUCCGACACUGAAAUCCAGAAAGUCUGCAUCUGGAAGUGGACAUUAGCAGUAGAAACACCGGCAUGUACCCUUGAGCUUCCCAAAGAGUAUGGCUUUCAGAAUUACAUUACUUUUAAUCCAACAAAUAACAGAGAACUGGUGAGCAAUAGUAAAACACAGGCAAUAUAUUACUUGUGGCUUGAAGGGAGAGAUACUCUUAUUCACAGUGCUCCACUUUUAACAGAAAAGACAUUCAACAAGAUUGUGGGAAAAUUUAGCCAGUCUGUCUUUCAUCUGGAUUUAACACAGAUGCUCUCAGCGACGAUGGAAGGGAAGCUGGUGGUCUGGGACAUACACCGGCCGCACGCCUCUGGCUCCAUCACUUCGGCUUUUCCCUAUAUCAAGCCUUGUAAACUGGUUCAUUUGCAGAGAGAGGCUAUCACAGUGCUUACUACAAUUGAUAGCUUCAUUGUCACAGGUGACAUAAAGGGGAGUAUUAAGUUCUAUGAUCAAACCCUGUCCCUUGUUAACUGGUACAGUCACUUUAAACUGAGCACUAUCAGGUCCCUAUCCUUUGCAAAGACGCCUCCAGCUCCUAUAAGUGAAAAGUCCAACUACCCUCUGGACUAUACCCUGAAAGGUGACUUUUUCGUUGUAAGGGAUUUUAUCAUUGCGACAUCUGAUGCGACGGUAUACCACUUAACGGCAGAUGGAACCAAACUUGAGAAGUUACUUGUAGAGCCCAAGGACUCCAUCUGUGCCAUUGCCUGCCAUCCGUAUCAGCCCCUCCUUACCAUUGGGAGUUUCUGUGGGAUGAUCAAAGUGUGGAACUAUGAGAAGAAAAAGUACCUUUUCAGCAGGGUCUUUGAGAAGGGGCUUGGUGUACAGAGUCUGACCUACAAUCCCGAAGGAGCCCUUCUUGGAGCUGGUUUUACAGAGGGGACAGUUUAUAUUCUUGAUGCAAUGUCCUUAGAAAAUGAAAUCCCAGAGCCUUUCAAAUAUUCCAGAACCAGCGUGACUCACAUCAGCUUCUCACACGACUCUCAGUACAUGGCAACUGCGGAUAUGAGUUUUACUGUGGCUGUUUACAAGGUGGUAGUCAGAAACGGACAGAGAGUCUGGGAGUAUCUCGCAAGACUUCGCUCCCAUCGCAAGAGCAUCCGCACCAUCAUGUUCGGGGUUCACUUGGACUGCAACGAGCCCAGGUUGCUGAGCCUUGGGAAGGACUGCUUGCUGAUUGAGUAUAAUCUUCUCAAGAGCCAAAAAAACCACCUGGAAAUCCUAGACAUCCACCGGGCUGACCAGUGCAACUACCCCACCUGCAUGAUCUGGUACCCGCCGCUCACCAAGGAGCUCUUCCUUCUGGUCUGCACCAGCGGCUACAAAGUGAAACUCUUUAAUUCCACCACAAAGAUGUGCAGAAAGACACUUCUUGGGCCAGUUUUUGGUUCUCCCAUUGAGCAGAUACAAAUCCUUCCGGUGAAAAACACCAUUGAACUGCAGAAACGCUAUAUGGUAUUUAUUAACGAAGACAAGGUUGGACUCCAGAUUUUACCAGUUGAUGGCAAUCCACACAAGACGGCUGCUAUAAUUUGCCACCCAAGUGGAGUGGCUGGAUUGGCCCUCUCCUACGAUGGCUGCUAUGCCUUCACCGCAGGAGGACGGGACUGCUCAGUGGUUCAGUGGCAAAUCAACUUAAGCGCCCUGGAUGCAGCUGUUUCUCUUGGGGGCGAAGAUUUGACCCCAUUUUAUGGCCUGGUGGCUGGUGGCAAGGAAGGAAAAUUCUACAGGGAGCUGGAAGACUACUUUUACUAUUCUCAGCUCCGUAGUCAAGGUAUCGAUACAAUGGAAACCAGAAAGGUGUCAGAACACAUCUGCUUGGAGGAGCUUCCUUUUGUCAUGAGAGCAAUUGGCUUUUACCCAUCAGAAGAGCAGAUUGACAAUAUGUUUAACGAAAUCAGAUUUAGUGAGUAUGUGGAUACUGGAAAACUCAUUGACAAAAUCAACUUGCCAGAUUUCCUCAAAGUGUACGUCAACCACCGACCACCUUUUGGUAACACCAUGAGUGGCAUCCAGCAGAGCUUUAACAUUCUGGGUUUCUCCAACUCAAAAGGCAAAAAGGUUAUACGAAGAGAGGAUUUACUGAGACUGCUGUUGACCAAAGGUGAGCACAUGACAGAAGAGGAGAUGUCCGACUGCUUUGCUACCCUGUUUGGCCUGAACCCUGAAGGUUGGAAAUCCGAGCCUGCUGCUUCCUCUUACAAAGGUUCAAAAAUCUGUUAUGAAGAUGAACUUCCAGACGAAAUCACUGCAGAAAUAUUUGCAACGGAAAUUCUUGGCUUAACCAUUUCACAAAAACUCACACAAGAUCCUAUGGUCAGUGAAGCUGCAAGGAACGUUUGAAGCACAAAGGACUUUGUGUGGGGGUAUUUCUUUUUCCAAAAGGCACUGCUCUUCCUGCGCUUUCCCACCCCCAGUCUAAUCUUUAGAACACGAAGGCAUUAAAAGCAAAUUUCUUUUUUU